GAAUCUCUCUAACUCUCCUCCUCUUUCUCCCUCUCUCCCCUUCUUUCUCUCAAUCUCUCCUCUCUCUCUCUCUCUCUCUCUCCCCCCCCCCUCCAAAUAUCCACUUGAAUGCGUCACUGAGACAGGUCUUAUGUUCCAGUGACCUGAUAUAAUGUAUUCUAUCUCAUGUAACUGGUCUCCAAUUAUGAAAUUUUUCGAAAGUAGUACCAGUGGUACCCAUUUUCCCGACUGUCACUUGCAAACUAUCAAAUUAUGUUUCGUUUACAAACACCGUUGACGAAACGAGUGUAAGAAGAUACGUAAACAGUCAGUAGGUACGUACUACGUCUCUGGGUUUAACGGUCAAAUUUGAAUACGAGUUACGUAACGCAAGUUUACGGUGUCAAAUAACUUUUGUUUGUUUCAAAACAGGUAUUAUUAUUCUUUUUUUUUGACAAGCUUGGACACCCCUCGCGGCAGGUUGGCCGCUCACCUUGGCCUUCCCAAUUAGCACGCUGUUUGUUUGCAGUGCGCUAACAGGAAUCUCGCCAUCAGCAAACAGUCAGUCGUACGGGGCGCCCGGCGGUAAGAAGCCCAGUCGGGGAGUUGCUUUUGUUCUGUGCGCAGUGAUGCAGAUGUCAUCGAGUUGCCGUCUGCGUGUGCGGAGUUUGAAUUCGGUUUUCAGUUUAAAAAAAAAACCGCGUGGUACCGGUCGUUCUAACGAACUACCUACGCAUGACGUAACUGUGUCUCGGUGCGGCGCGAUGUGACGACGUAAACAUUCGCCGUUGAUGGUGCGCAGCAUAAAAAUGGGCGCCGUUGGGACCGGCUCUGACGCAUGCGCCGGCGCCGGCAAGUCGUCUGCGCCGGGCCAAGAUGGCGGCCGCGUGUCGACGCGUCCAGGGGUCGUCGGGCUCGCCUUCGCCGUCGUAGGAGCUGGAGGAGGAGUUGGGGACGACGACUACGACGAUGACGACGAUGUCAGCGCCGCCUACAGCUCGUGGAGGUUCUGGAAGGAGCCUCUGCCCCGAUGCGACGUCUUGGCGAGCGGCGAAGACCUCGUGAAGCGCUGGUGGGUCGAGUCCCAGGAGACGCGCGUCUGCCACGACGACGACGACGACGUCGAAGACGUCGAAGAUGGCGACGAAGAAGACGUACUGUCCGGCUCCAUCGUGGUGAUAGACCCCCGCUCCCCGGAGAUCCUGCCGACGACGACUGGGACGACGGGCGGAUUCUCUUCGUCGACGUUCAUCCAGAACCUGAGGCCCAUCUCCAACUUCUUCAGGUCGAUCCGCCGCAGCAUGGGGAACCUGCAGGGCUCAGGCGACGGCAAGUCCCGUGGUGGGGGGAGGAGCCCGGGGAAGGCGAAGAAGGGGAACAAGAAGGAGCAGGCGGCGAAGAGGUCCGCUCCGAAGAAGCAGCAGCAGCAGCAGAAGGGUGGAGGAAGUGUAGGAGGAGGAAGUGUAGGAGGAGGAGUAGGGGAAGAGGAGGCGAGACCCCCCACCUACCUAGUCACGGACUCGUGGCGACGCGCGAACCGCCAGCAGCUGACGCCGGCCAGCCGCGAGUCGAGCUCCGAGUCUGUGUUCACGGACCCCCUGACGCCGCACAGCGGCCAGCUGUCCGACGGCGACAUGGUCAGCGGCCGCCAGCCCGGCGCGGUAGACGUGGACGAGGUCACGCUGACCCUGGUGGAGGAGCCGUCCACGGACCACUCGGAGGCUUCUUCGGCGGUGUUCGUGGCCGAGCCGCCGCCGCCGCAGCAACCGCCCCCGGAGCAACAACAGCAACAGCAGCAACAGCAACAACCCCGCCCCCGGCCGCAGUCGCACAGCCUGGACGCGCUGGACGAGGAGGCGGCUACGACCACUCCCGCCGCCCCCGGAGACAGGUCGCGCAGCGCCGACGAGCUGGACGAUGACUCCUCCCCCGCCCCCGGCUCCGCCGCCGCCCCCAGGCAACAGCCGCCGCCGAGCUUCACCGUCGUGCGCCACCGGAAGGUGGAGCUCAACCCGACGCGCCUCAGCGAGCACUGCCUCGCAUCCGGACUGUCGACGCAGCAGCAGCAGCAGCAGCAGCAGUCGGACAAGGAGGCGCGGGACGCCAGGCGCCACUCCUCGGUCAGCGACGCGCCGCUCGACAGCAAUGUGCUCCGGAAGGUGGCCAGCCUCACCUUGGACAAGGCCACGCUCGAGCAGAAGGUCGUCAGGCCGCGCUUCGUGCCCGAGAAGCUCGACUUCCAGAUCUACGAGAAGUUCGAGGGCCAGAUGCUGAUCAACUGGUUCGUGUCGUCCUUCGCCGAGGAGCACUACCUGCGGGUGAUCCUAACGUCGCAGGACAUGCGCAUCCUGGCGGUGCAGUUCUGCACGCACCUCCUGGCGGCCGGGGUCCUGCGCCAGAUCCCGGACAAGGACGUGCCGCUGGAGACUAUGUUCAGGCCGGACCUGAUGUACUUCUGGUCGCACGCCGAGGCGCCGUUGGCGGCGCCGCCGACGCCGGGACGCCUGUCGCAGUUGUCGUGGCCCCCGGCGAGCCCUGGCCUGCCCGACCUCUCCUCCCUCGUCGCCCCGCCUGCCUGCAGUCCGGGUGCCAAGUACACCGAGGCCGAGUUCCAGCAGGUCGUGAUGGGGAUGAAGCGGGAGCACAAGGAGAACUUGAAGAGGCUGUCCAACAGCCAGGAGGUGAGCCUGUUCAGCCUCAGGGGCGAGAUCGCCCAGAGACUGGACGAGAAAGACGACCGGAUAGCCCAGCUGGAGCUGGAGCUGGAGAAGCUGAUGCGAGAGCUGGAUAGGUACAAAACGCUGGCGGACAUAGAGUCGCUGAACGCAAAUGCAGCUGCUGAUUUUGGUUCUCCAACCGCUGAGCAGAAGAGGUUCCUUCGCGAAGCACAGAAGCCACUGGUCAGUCACACAUCCAAAGAAGAGUUGCGGUUCUCGUCCGCAGAGGGAGUUGCAGGAACAGUGCCCAAAGUUGCUAUGAUAGAUGUAGCCACAGACACUACCGAUUUGAUAAGUGUACAAAAUGUAAAUACAUCCAUGUCCCCUCAAGCCAAAUCAGCAACGGCCACACAAACGACACUAGAAGAAAGUUCCUCAUCAGCACUAACCUUUUCAACAAUUUCUACACAAUCUGUAGAGCUAAAACUAGCCAAUGCUGAACACGGUCGAACUUCAACGCUACCUGCGGCGACUGGAAACGAAAUUCACCGAGGGGAAGCGGAGCAAGGUCCCUAUCCAACUUCGGAACUCAGGAGAGUAAUCGCCCCAUCUCCAGUUCAGCAAGCGGUGGAUGGUGAUUCGAGUCCGUCACCAGCAGUUGGCCCUCCUGAUUCGCAAGUCGUGGUCUCUCCUCCCACGCAGAAACCCGACCAUGAGACACCGCCACCUCCAGUUCUUGAUACGGGUCCACCAGAACCAUCGGCCGCAGCGUCGCCGCCUCCGUCGAAAAGUCCAAGCAUGGUUCCACCACCACCACCUCCAAUGUCAGGCAUGGACCCACCGCCACCACCUCCAAUGUCUGGCAUGAGUCUACCCCCACAGCCACCUCCAAUGUCUGGCAUGAGUCUGCCCCCACCACCACCUCCAAUGUCGGGAAUGGGCCCGCAACCACCUCCAAUGUCGGGGAUGGGACCACCACCACCUCCAAUGCCCGGGAUGGGACCGCCGCCACCUCCAAUGCCCGGAAUGGGCCCGCCGCCACCUCCAAUGCCUGGCAUGGGCCCACCGCCUCCGCCGCCGCCAACGCCACAACAAGGUACAGGUGCAUCAGGGCCUCUACCUCCUCCAGUGCCUGGCAUGGGUCCGAUGCCUUUUCCAGCUCCACCGGUCGGCGGAUGGGCUGCUAACAGAGCAAUGCUGAGGAAGAAGCCCUUAGCCCCGCCAGUUCCCAUGAAGCCGCUCUACUGGACACGAAUAGUGGUCCCAGCCACCGCGCCGGAGACCACGGCGGACUCCACCGACGGCGCGAAGGCUGACGGGGAUCCGGCCAGGUCCGAAGGCAGCGCGCUGUGGGAGCGGCUGGAGGAGGCGAGCAUCGAGGACAUGAAGGAGUUCGAGGAGCUGUUCUCGCGCCAGGUGGUGGAGCGCAGGGCGCCGCGACGCCGCGAGGAGCGCCCCGCCAGGCAGCAGGCCGCCAAGAUCCUGGACGGCAAGCGCUCGCAGAGCGUGGGCAUCCUCGCCUCCAGCCUGCACGUCGAGUUCUCCGAGAUCGAGAACGCCAUUUACAAUUUCGACACGUCUGCGGUGAACUUGGAAGCACUGCAACAAAUUUACGAUGUUAGAGCCACCGAGGAGGAGCUGUCUGCCAUCCGCAGCCACGUGGCCUCCAACCCGGACGCGCCCCUGGACAAGCCGGAGCAGUUCCUCUACGAGCUGGCCGAGAUCCCCAUGUUCGCGUUCCGCAUCUCGUGCUUCAUGUUCCAGUCGCAGUUCGACGACUCCGUCUGCUCCAUCGAGAGCAAGCUCAACAACCUGAGGUCCACGUGCGAGUUCCUGACGACGGCGGAGAGCCUGAAGGUGGUGCUAGCCAUCAUCCUGGCGCUGGGCAACUACAUGAACGGCGGCAACAGGACCCGCGGCCAGGCGGACGGCUUCGGGCUGGAGAUCCUGGCCCGCCUGAAGGACGUCAAGAGCAAGGACAGCUCCGUGACGCUGCUGCACUUCAUCGUGAGGACCUACAUCAAGAAAACAUGCGACGGCUCAAGCCUGGAUCCUAACCUAGCACUGCCGACACCCGAGCCGGGUGACAUCGACAGAGCUGGGAGUGUCAAUUUUGAAGAUUUGAAAAACGAUUUGGACAAACUGAAGUCUGAACUGAAAACUUGCGAGACAAAGACUGAAAAAGUGAUUGCGGCAUCUAAUGAGGACAAUGUACAGCCUUUCAAGGAGAAAAUGGAAGCAUUUUUGAAAAGAGCUAAUGACCAACUGACAGGAGAAUUUGCUCACCUUCAAGAAUGCAAACAGAAGUUUAUAACGACGAUGGAAUUCUACCAGUACCAGCCCAAGGGGGGCAUAAAACCAGACGAGCUUGAUCCUAAGGAAUUUUUUGCGUUAUGGUCUCAAUUUUGCACAGACUUCAAAGACAUCUGGAAAAAAGAACAACAAAGAAUAAUUAAAGAAAAGACCCAGCAAGUGAAGAGGUUACAAGAGCAACGACGCGACGUGAAGAAGUCCAAAUUGGACGAAAAAGGCCUUAAAGCGAAGAUACAGCGGAAGUUUAAGUGAACCAAGAUUAAGUAGCUGAAGUCAAGUUUAAAGCUCCGGACAGUUUUUUUUCUCUCACAGUUUUAUCACACACUCGAGCACUUGCUACUUGCUUCUCAACAACGAUCACCGCGACUGAUAGUAUCAUGGCUUUUGUGGUUCUAGCAGAAGAAAUAGUUUUGCAGAUAUUGUUUGUAUCUGUGUCCUGUUUUUGUGUGAGGUGCUAUUUAAAUAUCAAUCAUUUUACUAUAAUAUUUUACAUUUUGUGUUUUUUUAUGGAUACAAUUUUUUAUGAACUGCUGCGGUUUGGCAAAAAAAAAACCUUUUGAUGUGAUUUUUUUUUUCUUUCUCUGCUUUACCUAUGUAUUUCAUCAUAGGCAUGCAUCAGAAAUUUGUAUGUAGACACCUAAGUGUUGAUAUUGUGAAAGAAGAAAAUUCAAAUGAAAAAUAAUUCUUUGGAGAUGUUAAAACAUACUUUGAGAGGUCUGUCACAUUCCAGAGACUACUCAUAGCAGAAAGUUUUUUAAUUAUUAUGUUUUUAGUACUUCUUAUGGUUAUUUACAAAGCAAGAAAUACAAUAAACAAACAGAAAUGUACAACCAAUGCAAAUGCAAUGUAUAAAUAUAUAUGUAUAUGUAAUGUAUAUAAGGAAUAUUUUAUAAAUGUCAUUUUUCUAUGGCAGAAA